AUGCCUCCCCGCUUGACAAGCCGAAUUGAUUCUAUUCGCGGUGUGCGACUAGCAGGGGAGCCGUCCACCUGGGAUAUCCAAAUUAAGUACCCCGCAGACUCUCCACAGGGCACAGUCACCUCUGUGGCCCCUUCUGCUAAGGAUGAUUUCGAAUCUCCUUUAGCCCUACCGGCAUUGACACAUCCUCACAUCCACCUUGAUAAAGCCUUUAUCCACAGCGCACCUGAAUAUGCCCCAUUUCUACCUACAGCUGGCACAUUCCAGGAGGCCCUAUCCUCCACAACGAAGGCCAAGCAAGAAUUCACCCAUUCUGAUAUCAUUAGAAGAGGGGAGUGGCUUCUUGCCGAGUCCGUUGCAUCAGGUGUUACUGCAAUGCGAGCAUUUGUGGAAGUAGACCAUACAGUGCAGCUGAUUUGUGUAGAAGCUGCUGUUGCAUUGAAAAAUCAAUGGAAAAAUUCUUGCGAUAUCCAAAUCGUCUGUUUCGCGCAAGAUCCUAUCUUCUCUAGUGAAUACGGAGAUCAAAACAUGGAAUUUCUGGAAACUGCUCUUCAUAAAUAUUCGCAAAUCGAUGUUAUCGGGACAACACCAUACGUCGAAUCCAAUCCCGAGGCUGCAAAACAAAACAUCGAAUGGGCGAUUGAUCGUGCCUUGCAGCUGAACAAGCACGUCGACUUCCAUCUCGAUUACAACCUAGAUUCAAACAAAGAGGCGCUAGUUUGGCAUGUGUUACACACCCUCAAACAACGAAACUGGACUACCCAUUCAACAGACAAACGCGUCAUGCUGGGUCAUUGUACACGACUGACACUUUUCACGGAGAACGAAUGGGUCCGACUGGCAACCGAAAUCCACGAGAGUAAACUCCCAGUCAGCUUUGUCGGUCUGCCAACAAGCGAUAUGUACAUGGCGUCACCCCCCAGAACAAACGCAGACUGCAAGUCUCCGCAAGACCGCCCGAGAGGCACUCUACAAGUUCUAGAGAUGAUCCGGAAAUACAACCUGGAUGCAGUGAUCGGGGUGAACAAUGUUGGCAAUUCAUUUACCCCAUGGGGUUUACCCGAUCCGUUAUCGUUGGCUUGUCUCGGCGUGGGAAUCUACCAGGCUGGAAGUCAGGCGGAUGCCGAGCUACUGUAUGAAUGUGUCUCGACACGAGCCAGGGCGGCUAUUGGGCUCUCGCCAUCCCAUUCUGGUCUAUGUGUAAAGCAGGGGUGUCGACCGGACCUGUUGUUGGUUCAUCAUAGAGAUGAAACUGGAUGUGGUGUGUCUCGGCCGCGAACGAAUGUUGCAGAGGUUGUGUGGACUCCGCCGGGGAGAUUGAAUAGGGAUGUGGUUUUUGAUGGGCGGCUUAAAAUUUCUCCUUUUGCUGUUGCGGAUUCGGACGCAUUGUAUCAAUUUUGA